CGCUGUUAGUCCUGUUCUUAUUACUGGGUCUUCUUUUGAUGUGGUGGUUCUGGCCUCUAUGUUGCACUGUGGUGAUUAAAGAGCUCCCACCUCCACCACCCCCUGAGUCUGAAUCUGAAGAUGAGGAUGGAAUGCCAAAGAAAAAAUGGCCAACAGUUGAUGCGUCUUACUAUGGAGGCAGAGGAGUUGGAGGCAUAAAAAGAAUGGAGGUACGCUGGGGUGGCAAAGGUUCAACAGAAGAAGGAGCCAAACUGGAGAAACCCAAGAAUGCUGUAGUUAAAAUGCCCGAACAAGAGUUUGAACCCUUUGAGCCAAAGCCAAAGAGAUUUAGCAGGAGGCAGCCUCAGGAGAGAAAAUGGUACACGCCAAUCCAGGGCAAGCUUGAUGCAUUGUGGGCACUGUUUCAGAGGGGCUAUGAUCAAGUGUCUCUCAUGAGGCCACUACCUGGAGAUCAGGUAAGUGGAAUACAUGUAUCGCAUAUAACAUAUUAUUAGACUCAGACAGUAUUGGGUGUGGCUUUUUAUCCUCUAAAGUACAAUCUUGCGUGUCUCCAGACAAGGAUUGGCAUAGUGUAAUGGAAAGUAUCCAAUUUAGCUCAAACACUAGGGCUAUUAAUACAAAUAUAAUGCAGAAUUUGCAGAAAUGUUUAUUUAUUGGCCUUUAGUCUAACAAUAACAUCCCCCACUUAUAAAAAAA